AUAACAACUAAAGUGUAAAAAUAGAUAUUGCAGCAAACAAUUUAUAAUAAUAACUAGUAAAAUGGCCAAUUUCGGUUCACCAAACGAUUUUUACACGUCAGGCCCAACUGAUAAUAAUGCCUACAACUUUGAAAUGCCAGAAUUUGAUCAAGAAUUAAAUUUUCAAAACUUUGAUAAUACUCAACCUUCAGUGCCACCAAAUUAUGACAUGAACUAUGCCAACCCUAAUGCCGGUGCUGCUGGCAAUGGCAUGAGUUCAUUUUACGAUCCCAAUGUCUAUACACCAAAUCCUUAUGAACAAGAUAAACAAUUUAAACCACCAGGCGGCACCACCGACUUUGAUGAUGAGCCACCUUUAUUAGAGGAAUUAGGUAUUAAUCCAAAUCACAUAUUCCAGAAGACAUUGGCCGUACUCAAUCCAAUGCGUGGAGCUGAUCAGUCUAUUUUACAAGACACAGAUAUGGCCGGACCAUUAGUGUUUUGUUUGGCAUUAGGAGGCUUUUUGCUUUUGAGUGGCAAGGUGACUUUCUCUUAUAUUUAUGGCAUUGGUGUGAUGGGAUCCCUUGCCUUCUAUUGUCUACUGACAUUAAUGGCUACACAAGCUCCCGUGACAUUCGGAGCCGUUGUUUCCGUUUUAGGCUACUGUUUGUUGCCAAUGGUCGUCUUAUCUGGCAUUAAUGUGUUGAUUACUAUACAAGGUACAUUUGGACUUAUCGUUGCUGGCGUUUGCAUCUUUUGGUGUUCAUUAUCUGCUUCAAAGCUAUUUGUAACAGCAUAUUCAAUGGACCAUCAACAAGUCCUCAUUGCAUAUCCCUGUGCCCUGCUCUAUGGAGUUUUUGCUUUAAUUACAAUAUUCUAAACACAAACUACUCAAUUAUAAAAAAAAAUAUAUUGUUAUAUCGAUUUCGAAUGAAUGUAAAACAUUUUAACUAAUAAAUAAUUUUGUAUAUCCUUAAAAUAA